UCCCAGCGUAUAUUUUAAAACGUCAAAUUCUGCUGUAUUUAACUAAACAAAUGUUGAAAAUGUUACCUGAACAGGAGAAUUUCGUUUAUCAACAUUUUGUUGAGUUAGUGAGGGACCACAAUUUAGUAGAUCUAAUGAAGAGUCUCUCCACAAAAUAUCCACAAGUCAACAAUAUAAUGGUCAAUAUUAACACUGAUGAUGAUUAUCGACAUAACAACAGAAUAAUUUUAUUCAGUUUGUUAAAGUCGGAAUCUGAGACAAUUUUUUACGACUUUAUUGAAUCUCUUAAACAAUAUGAACAUUCAGAUUUGGCAAACAAAAGUGGUAUCAAGGAGACAGUACAUGACGGAUCAGAUCAAAAAUCAGUAGCUACGAUUAUUGUGAAUCUUCUUAUGGUAUUGUUUAUGAAAAUUUUUCCACCAAUGUUCUAAUUUUUUUUAAUUGGUGUCUUUUAAUUUCUAACAUGGGUUGGGGUAACAAAUUUUUUUCAUGUCAAUUUAAGUUGAG